CUGCUCGCCGACCCAUCCGUCGAACGUACGUUUCGAAACGUUGAAAAUCGAAAAAAUAAAAUCACAUCACAUUAUAACAGUUCUUAAAAUAUAAAAACGUGACAGUGAAAAAAAAUCAAACGUCCGUCGACCAAGCAGGCGUAUACAGUCCGAGUCCGGUAAGUGUUCUAUAUAUUAUGUACAUAAAUAUACUUAGAUAAUAUGUGAUGUACUGAAGUUUUGUACAUUUAAAUUAACAUUAUACCAGUGGUGUAUUUAGGAUUUUUCCAAGGAGGGAGCUAUUGAAUUUGGAAAUUGUUUCAUGUUGUAGAACGUCGUGUACCCCUUUUUUUUUCUAAAAAAAAAAGAACCAUUUCAAUUAUUUUGACUUUAUAAUGUAUUCUUGUAAGUAACAAUUUAUAAUCCAAUUUGCCCUAGAAUUAUCAAAUAACUAACUAUACCUAAGUAAAUACAAUUUAUAUGUAGGUACCCAAUAUAACCUACCCUUCAUAUUGUAGUGGUUAGGAUAUAGGUUUGGUCAUGUAUAAGCAAAUUUAUACGCUCAGGUUAUUAUUUGUAGGUAUAUAAAUACAUUAAAUUGUUUAUUUUUCCGACGUCAAUAUACAAAAAAAAUUAAUUUGAAAAUAGGCAGUCGAAUGAAUAAUAUAUAGAAACUAAAAAACGAUCAAAGCGGAGCUAUAUCUCUCCGACUUUCUACCAUAAAUACGCCACUGUGUAACAUAGAUAAUAUUCUAUAUCUAGUCAUCAGUAGAAAAUAAUGAUAGCGUUUUUCAGAAAACAUACGACUCGUAAAGACGUAAAAAGGUAUAAAAUUGUAAAGGUAUACAACACGAAUCGAAAAUAAAAUAAUAUAAUAAUAUUGUAAAUGAUCGUACAGUUUUUAAAUAUUAUUCACGGGUGCUAAAUGUUUUACUAAAAUUACGAUGUUUUUCAUAAGUAUUUUUUUUUUUUUUAUAUUUCACAUUUCCCGUGUGAUUUGAAUAUAAAUAAAAUUAGUAUUUACUCAAUAUGUGGGUAAUAAUUGUAAGAUUUUUGUUUUAUGAAAAGAGGUAAUGAAUUUUUUUACUUUUUUACUGUUCAAAAAACUAAUAUUAUACAUUCACAUUUACUUUCGGAAAUUCGUUCCCUCAGUCCAUCUAUUUUAUUUUUUGAAACCACUCUAGUACCUUGGAUCAAUAUAUAAUAUUAUUUACUGUGCUGUCAAUAUUAAAAUUUACACGGUAAGAAUAAUAAAUAUAGUUAAAAAAAAAAAAAAAAAAAAAAAAAAACGUAAAUAACGAAAAACGAUUUGGAGCGAAGUUUAUUUAUAAAUAUUUUGAAAGGUCGUAAUAUUUACAAUUUUUGUCAAAAUUUUUUUUAAAACUCUUAUAUCUAUAUAUAAAAAAAAUUACAUGAGUUAUUUUUUUUUUAGGUUCCUGUCUUUUUUUCAAGCAUUUCAGUUUAGUCUAACAAUUUUAUCCACUGACCAAAUAAAAAUUACGUAAAAAUUUCACAAAUAAAAUGCUUAUAAAUAGCUAUAGAAAAAAUAAAUAUACAUUUUCUGCCAAAAUUUCAAGUUUCUACGAAUAUUUUUAACUGAAUAACAUUAAAAAAACAAUUUAAAAUAAUAAAAGAACUAUUUUCGUAAAUUUGCCUGUACUUUCUACGUUUUAUUUUUGUUUUACUCAAUUUUUUAAAAAAACUACUAAGGAAAUCAAAAACCAAUUUUUUUACCUACCAACAAGGUUAAAGAUUUAACAAAUAGUUUUCUUGUUAUUUUUUUAUUGGAACAAUAUUUCUGGAGGGAAAAAAAAAGAGUACAAAUUUAAAAUAAUGAAAUCGUAAUGUCGUAAAUUUGUCAGUUUUCAUUUUACGUUUGUUUCUGAUUUUUCUAAUUAUUUUAAAAACUACCGAAAAAAUCAAAAAAUCAUAAUCCUACUCACAAACUAGAUUAAAAAGGCAAUAAAAAAGUUCUUUGUUAUUUUUCGAAUAAAGCAAUAUUACUGGUAGACAACAUAAGUUACUAAAAUUAAAAUUAUUAAACCCGUAAUGCCGUGGCGUGCCGUAAAUAUUUGCCGUUUUACCUAUAAUUUCUUUCGGGUUUUUCACAAUUAUUUUGAAAACCACUGAAAACUAACAAUUUAUUUGUUUAAUGCACCAAAUAAACAUUACUUUUCAGUGCUACACUUUAAAUAUUGAAGCAUGAUUUCUUUCGAAAAGUUGUUUAUGGAAAGAAAAAAAAAAACUCAUAAUAAAGGAAAAAUAGUUAUUGUUACGUAAAACCAUCUUUUUUUUGACAAGAUUUGGUGUUACUCAAAAAUUAAUGAUCGCAGAUAUUUUAAAUUUUUACUAAAUGUUAAUAUGACCAUUUUUUGUAUAUGAUACAAUUUUUAAAAUAUUUUUUCUAGGUACCUAUUUUUGGCUAUGAAAAUUUUUGAUUUUCACUACUUAGAAAAUAAAAAAAAAUAUCUUCUCAAUGCACCAAUUAGAGAAAAUUACCUUUCAGAAAAGUUGCUAUUUUUAUAAUCGGAGUAAGAUUUUUUGUAGCAAAGUUGUUCAGACAGACAAAAAAAAUACAAAUAGUAAAACCAAUAGGUCUCUCACUACGCUCCGUAUCAAAACAAAUCUAUGAAAACGGGUUUUUCGAUUAAAGAGCCCAAUGUACGUUAUCCGGCCCUGCACUUUAUUUUAUAAUAUAUAUAUACAUAUAUUAUUUUUUGUUUUUUAGUCCGGAGAUUGGUUUUUAACAAAUGAUUUCUCCAUGAUCUCGCCAUUUCUUUGAGCUCUCUGUAACAAAUGACUUCCACAUAUUUAUAUCAUUAUUUGACUAAUGUCAUUCGUUCUAGGUCUAUCUCUUGAUCAAGUUCCUUUUAUUAAACGAAAUAAUUCAUCACAUGCCUAAACGUGUGUCCUAUAAUUUGCCAUCUUUUUCUCUUAUAUCUAUCAAUGUUCAUUUUUUAUCUAGAUUGUCUGUAAAACAUAUUAAUUUGUUCUUUUUUCAGUUCAACUUAUUUUUUGCAUCUUUCUACAACACCACAUUUUUAGAGCUUCUAACAUAUUUUUCUCUUUUACAUUCUGAGUAGAGCGAGGAACGCACUGGUUUUACGAUGAUGUUAAUUUUUUUUUUAUGUAUGAAUAAAUUUUCUACCAGAAAUUUUUCUUCGAUUUACAUUCAUACCCUUUUUCUGGAGAGAAAUCUGAUUGGGAUGGUACUCUAAGGAGGUAAUUUUUCGAUUUUCCCAGCAGUUUUCAUAAUUAAUAAGAAAAAUCGAGAAAAACGAAGGAAAAUGAGGAAAACUGGUACAAUAUUAAACAAACAUUUUUUUGUUAAAGAAAAUGUUUGAUGCAUACGCAAUUAUUUCACCAUAAUAGGUCAUAUAUAUUGUUGUCAAAAAUUUGUUGAUAAAGUAAUACUAUCAAUCGAACUCCGCUCAUAAUUGAUUUUUCGUUAGCAAUAGUUAAUCGUUGUGUAUAGAUAUAUAUAUAUAUAUUAAAAUUCCCUUCAAAUAUUUUCCCAAUUUCUCACUUCCAACAGUGGUCCACCCACGUGUGUAGUAUGUCUGUCUGUUUUAUUUAUUGUCCUCCUAUCGCUUUCAUAUAAUACCAUAUUUCAGACGUAAUUUAAUUGAGCUUUAAUGAGUAAUUUUAAUGUGUAUUUUCUUAUUAAUUAUGUUCAUAUUUUCUGAUAUAAAUAAUUUUUUUUUAAGAAAUAUAUUUUCUUCUUGACCAAUUCUGCUUCAAAUUUCCUUUAUUUCUCAUCGUCCGUUAUAAUGCUGCGUAAGUGCUUGAAUUGGUCUACUUGGAAAAUGACUUUAUUUUCUAAUGUUAUGUUUAGAGAUGAUACAUUUUUUUUGUAGCACACUAGGGUUUUAGUCUUAUCUACAUUCAUUUUAAGACUAUAUUCUUGGAACGUGAUAUUCAUUACAAAAUAUUCUAUUUAUAAGUCGUCUUCAAAUGUUGUGAGAACGACAAUAUCAACAUUGGAACGAAGUAUUGGUAUUAAUAUACCUCCUAUUUUUAUUCCAACCUUUUUAAACAAACCUAGCUUUAUAACGUUAAUUGCUUUUUCAAUAUAUAAACUGUACAUGUAUGUACCUAUAAGAUAUUAUAAUUCAGGUAUUAUUUACGUUAUCUAAAGUUUACAGUGCUUUAUAUAUUUAUAUAUCUACAAUUUUGAUAAUUAUUUUUAAACAAACACCAAUGCAAUUUUAAUACGAAUAUUUUGAAGUGUGUAUUGUGAUACAUUGUUGAAACUACUGCUCUGCUGGGAAAUAAUAUUAUAAUACGUGUUGAAGUCAAAUAUAAUAAUGUAAAUAGAAACAUUGUUAUAGCACGGUUAAGGACUUGAGAAAAAAUAAAAAUAGUAUGUUCAACAAAGAUCAAUAUAUCGCGAAAAACAACAAAUUAGGAAACACAUAAUAACAGUCUGUAAUAUUUAUUAUGAGAAAUAAAUGUUUGAUGAAAAAUAAUGCCCAAAAAAUAUAAUUUUGUUCCAUUUCUAUGAAAAUGUGUAUACUUACACAUAGUGGCGUAAAUAUCGAAGGAAUCUGGGUAAAAACCUCUCUAUAAGACUUUUUUUUUAUAGGUACUUAUAGUAAAGGUUAGUCAGUUCUAGUAUUGGUAUAAACGAAUUUUCAACUAUAUUUAGAAUACAAUAAAAAUAUAAAUACAAAUUUAAAUGUUUUUAUUAAAUUUAAACCAAAAUGAUGACAUAUAUCAUAUUGUUUAAGGUUACACCACUGUACGUAUGGAAUACGACGUCAGAGGUAUAUUUAUAAUUAAAAAGCUGUCUUAAGAUAAUGGUGAUGAGUGCAGCCACUAUUGUAGGUGGGAAAUUGGGAAGGUAAAAUACAGAAAGGAAUUUAAUGUAUAUCUGUAAGUAAGGAUAAACCAUUGCUAACGAUGAAACGAUUCUGAGCGGAGUUAAUAGUGAUGCAUUGUCAACAAUAUAUAUUAUAUAAUAUUAUGGUAAAUAAUUAAAUAGGCAAUAUAUAUUUUCUUCAAUAAUAUUUGUUUAGUAUUGUACCAAUUUUCUCAUUUUUCCUACGUUUAUCGCGGUUUUCCAAUGAUUUUUUCCUACAUAUUACAUUUACUAAGAAAACUCCUGAGAAAAUUGAAAACUUACCUCCUUAAAGAAUCCAAAGAAAAUUUCCUUCCAGAAAAAAUUUUCCAUCAUAUAAAUUGGAAUAAGCUUUCUGGCAGAAAAAAUGUUCACAUGAAAAAUAAAAAAAAAAACAUCUUUGUAAAACCAAUAUAUUCUUCGUUACACUUAGAAUCUAAAGAUUAGAAUAAGUACUUCACAAAUAUUACGUACCUUAUAGCUCAAUAUUUUGUUAAUUAAAAUUAAUUAAAUGGAUUGGCCAUGUUAGAAGUUUAUAGAAGUUUAAGUACAGAUAGAUUCAGAGGAUACAUUAAGUUAAAUAAUUCUGAAGCUAAUAGAAAUCUAUUAUUAUAAAUCGUACAAUUUGUUUGUUAUUAAUGUCUAUAGUCAGAUCUACCAAUUAUUUAAAUGUAACACAAUAUCAUACUUUUGAUGUCCUUUUUUAUUUCUAAACUUUACUCCUCCCCCUCCCUCAUCUCCUACAGAAAAUAAGUCUUUGUUAAUAAGAAUGUACCCUCCUUCUUUAAAAUUAUAAAAAAUAUAUUUCUUAAGGCACCUUCAAGGAAUGAUUUGUGCUCCCUAGAUUCGGUGCCGAUUAUAGGUCUGCUACAAUAAUUAACUGUAGGAUUAUUGGAUUCUGUGUGAACGAUGUUUCCUUUUUGUUAAACAACCUGCAAUCAGUUCGACCGUAAAUACAAAUUAUAAAGGUUAACCGCGAAUAAAAUAUUAAUCUGAUAAAAUUACUGCAGACAUCUUUCCGUUUCCUAUUAUAUUGUCCAUUUCGGUUUGGUCCAACAAAUGGGUUUUAAUGACGUGGAAAUAUAUAUUAUGUGGUUUUGGGUAUAUUUAUUAUAUGCAUCACAAAACAUUUUGGACCUUAUCGAUAUUUUUUAAAACAGUGAUAUCGAGUAAUAUAAUCUAUAAUAUUAUUAUAUUAUAUAUAGGUAUAUGUAUAUCUAUAUACUUGGAUAUAAAUUUAUUUUAUAAAUAUUUGUUUAUUAUGUGUUUAUGUACAAAUUAUCACAGGGAGAAAAACAUUAUUAUAUAUAUACGUCGCUAAAUAAAUAUGUGUCACAUAGUUUCGUAAGAAAACAAAAAUAACCGUUAAAGAUUUUUUUUUACGGUUUUCUGUAACUGUAGUUUUAUUUUAUACGAAUAAAAUGAAUAAAAAGAGUUUAAAGGAGAAGUAAAUAUGUUAUACUACGCACUUUUAUCAUCUAAAAAUAUUAUAAACACGUUUGUUUGUUGUUUUAUUUUAAAAUAAUUUCUUUUGCAGUAAAAAAUAUUUAAAAAAAAAGGUGACACACGCCUUUUAUCAGAAAGGUGUGCCACUGAUGUAGAUUGGAAGUUGAGAAUGUAGACCUAGACAGUAGAGCUUAUACAGUGUUUUAAUUUAUAUCUGUACACAACGAUAAGUCGUAACAAAAAACGAUUCUGAACUAACUUCGGUUAAAAAUAUUUUGAAAUAUCGUAAUUUUUACAACUUUUAGUAAUAAUUAAACUUAAACGGUUAAGAAUAAAUUACUAUGAUAAAUCUUAUGGUAUACAAUUUUCAACAAUAUUUGAGAAGCCAAAUAAAUUUGAUCCACAAAAAACAAAAUCUUAAAACUACCAGAUGGUUUUGCAAAUUGUCCACACUUGAAAAGGUCGUCUAUUCUUUAGAAAACAUUUGAGGUCUUCACAAUUAUUUUUAAUGAAAUGACAAAUAAAAAAAUAAAAACAUUUUUGAAAAUAACAGAUCUAUUGCAUAAAUUUGUCUGGUAUUUCGCAUGUUUUACUUAUUAAUAAGGAAAUCACAAGAAAAACCAACUCAAUUACCUUCUUAAUACACCAGUUAUAACAAAAACAAAAUCAUAGCCAAAAUCAAUAAAUUUCUCGCCACACUUAGAAUUUUAAAAUGUAUACAUGUACACAGUGAUCAACAUAACCUAAAACGGAAUAUGUUUUUUAGAAAUUGUAACUUGUAAGAAACGAACCACUCUAAAAUGUUUCAUUAUUAAUAUUUUUUGUCCGGCAAAUUUUUAAGGACGAAACCGUAACUAACUUUUGAUUUUUAAAAAUCAACCUACAGUAAUAUUUUGAUAAAUAACAUUUCGAACAUUUUUUAUUUCUGUCAAAUCGUUGACCGAGCAUUUUAAUAUUUAAACACCUCAUGUCCACCGAAACAUAAAUAAUGCUCUAUUAUAUUGUAACCUACCAAAACUUAUUUUUAUCGAAUUUAAGAAAUAAGUUGUAAUUUUAAAAUUAAUUUUAGGUAGUUGUUUUAUUCUUAAAAAUAAAUAAAAGAAAUGUAAAAUUUUAGAGUUGCUUGUUACUUAGAAUGUUUAAAAAAUAAAUUACGACAAAAAUUAAUAUUGACCGAGAUAAUGAUUAUUUAAGUUAUUUUGAUCACCUAUGUAUAUAUAAUAUAUAUUUAUAUUAUUUUUUCAAGUGUAUAUUCCUCUUAGUGGAGUGAAGAUUCUUUAUAAAGAUUUUUUUUCUCUGGACAACUUUUCUACCAGAUAUCUUGUUCCGAUUUACAAUGAUAACACUUUUUAGGGUACUUUAUACAGAUCAUUUUUUUGAUUUUUCCAGAAGUUUUCCUAAUAAAUGGGAAAAAACACGGGAAACCGGGAAAAACGUAGGAAAAAUGGGAAAAUAGGUACAAUAUUAAACAAAUAUUAUUAGAGGAAAUAUAUUAUGCCUAUAUCAUUAUUUUACCAUAAUAUGAUACAUCAUAUAUUGAUGAUAAAAGAACACUAUCAACUUAACUACGCUCAGAAUCGUUUUUUCGUUAGCAAUCGUUGAUAAACAUAUAACAGAUAUACAUUAAGUUUCCCCUACAAUUUCAUCUAUAAAAAUGGUCCGAAAUUCGAUGAUAUAUAAAAUGUAAUAACGGCAUAUAAGUCACAAAAUAUUAAAAUAUCAUUUGAUAUACCAUUAAUAAUAGCUUUAAUGUCUUCUUAUUCGUAUAUAUAUAUAUAUACCGUCAUACAGAAUCUUACAGAAACACGGAUUGACGCUACUAAAGAUUUUUUGUUCCUCUGAUCAAGCUUCAUCCAGCUGAACGUAUAACAAUAUACGUUUUAUAAAAUGUACAGUUAACGGAUCAUAUAAAAAAAAAGAUUAGGUUCCACAGGUUUUUAAUAUUUUUAACAAAAUAAAAAAAAAAAUUACAGUAAUGAAAAUAAUUAUAUAUUUUUAUAAUAAGUAUAUAAAAUGUAAAUUGCCAUUCUUUUCUUAUUACAGUAAAACACGUAGUGUUUCAUUAUAAGUAUAGGAAAUGCUUGUAAUAUUGCUUGCAAUAUAAAAAUGUACAGAUUAUUGUUGUACAUUGUAUGAAAACACAAAUACAUGUUCAUAAAUAAAAAAAAUAUUUACUAUUCUAGUAUUCUGUUCUAUUAUACUAGGACGGGAAGUCGAAAAUUUUAGGAAAUUCCGGAGCCAAUAUUUAGCCAUCCUUUCUCCCUAUAAAUACACUCGUGAUUUAAGCGUAGGGAGUUUACCUACCUAUUAGAUUUAAAAAAAUGUUUGUUUUUUUUUUUCUGUCUGUGAGUAAAGUUUUUGCUAUAAAUCUUGUUCCAAUCAAAAAAAUGACAAGAUACCUUUUUGUUGCAUAGGUUCAUUGGUGAACAUAUAUUUUGAUUUUCCAAAUAAUUUUUAUAAUAAUAAAGAAAAAUGGAGAAAAAAGGUAUAAAAAAACUAAAAAAUAUUUACUAUUUUAAAUUUUGUCGAUUUUUGUUUUCAUCCAAAAAUCGUGAUAUAAAUUCCAAGAAAAUUUUGGAAACUAAAUAUGAAGAGAAAUUCACAACAAAAAAUUUAACAGAAACCGUAAUAAUAAUAUAACUAUGGAUAUUUUGUACGACUGCACAACAUUAUUCACAUUUAAUUCAAAUAAUUUCAAUAUUAAUAUUCGAGUGAAAAAGUUUUGAAGCGUGGUUUAUUUUUGACAAUACGCUCUUAAUGUUGUAGAAAAAAAAUUUUUUAGUAAAAACUCCCGUCACAAUAAAUAACUCGUUGAAAUAUAUUAUAAUUCGAUUUACAAGAUAAGAUUUAGAAGAUAAUUAAGACGUGCGUUUGUAAAUUGUACGUUUGUAUUGUUAAAAAGCACUGGAUUAAAUAAAAUACUACGAGUAUGAAUUGCGUCAGAGGUAUAGUAUACUAUUACUCAUACAGCUGCCUCUUCUGUAUCUUGACUACAGCGUUGCAGUCAUCUUUGAAUUCGUUUUUUUCUAGUUGAAUUCGGAUCAAAGGUUUUACUAUGUGUAUUUUUUUUUUUUGUCUAUAAACAACUUAACGACAGAAAAAAUUGUUCUAAUUUAAAAAUGACAAGAGAACUUUUACGUUGCAUUUUGGAUUUGGUUGGUGCAUUAAAAAGGUAAUUUUUUGAUUUUCUAAGAAGUUUUCAAAAUAAUUGAGAAAAAUCAGAAAUAAAAUUAUAUAAAAAAAAAAAAUUUUAAGUCACACGUUGGGGUUACCUACUGAUUUCAUUUGUUUUAAUUUAUACUUCCCAUGUUUUCUACCAGAAUAUUGUUUUAAUCAAAAACUGAAUAUAAACAUUUUUUGUUGAAUUUUUAAUGGUUGGCAAGUAAGUAAUAAUUUUUUAAUUUUUCAAAUAAUUGGGAAAAACCGAAAAAAAAGACGUAAAAUGAAAACUAAUAAAUUUACGGCGUUAUGAAUUAAUAAUUUAAAAUUUGUAUGGUUUAUAUUUUCUAUCAGAAAUAUUUUUUUAUAAGAAUUUUAACAUAAAACUUUGACAGAAAUUGUAAAUAUUUCGACAUUUUAAAACAUAUAUUUCUUUGGCAAUAGUUUAUCGUUGUUUACAGAUAAAAAUUAUAUAAAUUUAUUAAUCUAACUAACUAGAUCAAUUAGAGAACAUUUUCUUUCAAAAAAUGUGCGCAUUUUACACAUCAGGGCAAGAUUUUUACGCUCCAAAUCAAAUUUUUUUAAAAAUUUAAUAAAUAAAAUAUAUACAUAAACAUUAAUAUAUUUAUAUGGGGUGAUUUAUUAAGCAUGUUAAAAUCUUAGGAAAGUCGGGAAAAUUGGUAUACAUGUAUAAAAAAAACUUCGCUUCAAAGAAUCGUUUUUCAUUAGCAAUAGUUUAUCUUUACGUACAGAUAUAAAUUAAAUUUCCUUCUACAUCCUAUCUUCCUACUCAAUAUCUCACUUACGAUAGUUGCCCAUCCAUCAUAUGAAGUAUAUCUGUCUUUUUUAACAUUACAUUUUGAAUAAUACAUUCAAAUUCUGAUUUUUCAAAUCUUUAAGUGUAGUUAAAGCCGAUAUUUUAGAAUUCUUAGAUUUUCUACAACAUUUAAGGGAUGAUUCUAUGAAGAUAUUAACUUUGAUUUUCCAAUUGAGAACCUAUUUUUUUUUUUUCGAAUUGUAAAGUACAUGAUUUUUAUGAAAAUGUUGUCGUAUUUUAAUCAAAAUUUGAAUGAAAAGUUUCCGAAUUAUCCUUCUUUAAUAAUCUAAGAAUAACAGUCUAAAAGACAUAUUUUGUGUGACAGUACGGCGAGUGGCGUUUUCACAAUGCUCUAUUUGUCUACCUCUACCCGAAUUUAAUAGUGGCGUAACACGUUAAAAAGUAGUGAGAAAUUAAAAGUGCCUACACUAAUAUGUAUUUAAACUAUUACUACAUCUAGUUUUUUAAUUUUUAAUUUAGGUUUUUAUUCAUAAAAUCAGAAUUUUAAUAUCUAUUUGCAAAAUUCAAUCAUAAAAAUGGGUUGAUCAUGGUUAUAAUGAAUCACUCUAUAUAAAUAUGUAUAUGCUAAACUGUUAAAUCGAGUUGAAUAUAAUUUAGAAGAUAUUUAAAUGAAUCUAAAUUAAUUUAUAGAACUCAAAUUGGACAUAUUAUUGCUUUAAAGAUUUUGUUAGAUCUUCAGCACUAUGCAUCAUUUGAUCAUUGCCAUGGUUACGUUAUUAAUGUACUUAGACUCUUCCUCAAAAUCACCCUAUUAUAAUAUACUUGUAUGCAGUUCUUUAAACCCGUAUAUUUUAUUUUUUACUUUAUCUCAGAAACGCAAAUACUGGGAAUUAUAAUUAUAUGGAAAUCAUAUUCGCAAUCCGUUCGUUUUUAUUUUAAACCAUCUUUCUGUAAAAUAUUUUCGUGAUUAACUUAUUAAUAUACAAUCUUAUCGUAUAAAUGUAUACGUUAAAUUUAAUAUUAUGGCAUGUAUACCCGCUGUGUUAUUUUAAAUUCCGAACAGGGCAGAAACCUAUUAUAGUUUUAAAGUUAUAUGUGUGUGUGUUUCCCCCGGGAAACACUUUUCUGGCAUUUUAAAUGCUUGCGUAUAACAUUUUACCCGUCAACUUUUUAAAUACGCUCCGAUGGCACUUCGAAGAAAGAAGAUUUUUCGAAUUAAAUCUCAUAAAAUAUAGAAUCAUCUUAAAAUCACGGGAAAGUCGCGACUAUCAAGAUGUUUUUCUUAAAAAAAUAAAUACACAUCAAAGAUAGUGAAAAAAUUUCUGUAAAAAUAUGUUCAGUGUUCACGUAUUUAAUUAUUAAAAUAAUAUUAAUAUCGUAAUUUUUACUAAAAUACUAUAAAUUAAUAUAAAUAUAAUAUUAAGCUGUGUACGUGUACAACAAACAACAAAUAUUUAACUCGUGUAAAUGAUGCACAUAAGCUAAAAACAACGAUGUCUCAAAAUCUGCGGAAUAUUGUAAAUUAAAAAAAAAUAAUAAUAAUAAAAUUACAAAAUCUUUCUAUCGAUACGUUUAUUUACAAACAAAACAUAUUUUAAAUUCGUAUUAAUAGUAAGUCUAGAUUACGAUCCGGUAAAACUAUCAAUAACAAAGUACAGAAGUAGUAGUUCUAUUAGAUUGAUAAAAUCAAACUGUUUGUACUUUCCUAUAAAUAAUAUGGAAGUGAAAUCAUUUAUGAACUUCUUCCGCUUAUCCACUGGAUAAGAAUUCACAAACCAAUUGAAUUCUUAGAAAAUCUUAACAUUUUUUAUUGAAUUUGUUUGAACUAUACUUUGUUUAAAAAGGCCGUUAUUGUUGAUAGAUGUGUCACUGUUUUAUGAGAAAAGUUAUAAGAAUGUAUGUUUGUAGUAAUUAAUGUAUGUAAGUAAUAAUCCACCGCUAACGAAGAUGUUAAUUAGAGUAUUAUUAGUCGUAUUUUUUGUUAUUAGUAAGGUAGAUAAUCAACAAGCAUUUCUAGUUUUUUCUGAUUUAUUAAGAAAACUACAAGGACAGUUAAAAUAAUGACUUCCUUAAUGUACCAACAAGAUAAAAAUGCUACAAUAAAGUUCUUACGUAGUUUUUUAUUGGAUCAAGAUAAUAAAACCAAUAUAUUCUUUGCAUCAAUUAGAAUUUCAAAAAAACCAAAAAUAAAAUUGCAUACAUGCAAAAUACCAUAACCCAUGAAACAGAAUUUAGUAAACAACCAUCGGUCGACAAUUUCGCUUUACAUUUCUAUUAUACAAUAAUUUAACCCAGAUGUAUUUUUAAGUGUAAUUGCAGUAAACAAUAAAUUGUAAAAACUUUUUUCCAGUCUCGGUCCCUCCAUUCCUCUUUUAUCUCACCGGAAACCUAUAAGGGGCUGGACACGCAAUUUUAGAUACUGAGCAGAGCGAGAAAUGUACUAAUUUGUUUUAAUGUAAUAUGUGUUUAUUUAUUUUUAUUUUAGAUUCUAAGCGUGACGAUGAAUGUAUUGGUUUUAUUAUGAUUGUUUUGAUUUUUUCGGGUUGCUUGUUUCCAGCAUUCUAAAUAUAGAAAUGACGUUAUUCUACUAAAACGUAUCAAUACAAAUUAUAAAAAUUGAGAAAAAACUUAAAACGGGCCUGUUUAAUAUCCCUCUCCUACAAAAAAAAAAAAAAAAAAUUAAAAAAUAGAAAACUACAUAACUACAGAAGUACAUAACUAUUGGAAAGAAAGAUUUGUAUUAUUUACGAUAAAGUCAGGAUUCAUCGAGACGUGGACGAAAAUAAUAGCUGAUAUAAUAUGAUCUCCAAUUUUGAUAAUGCCUCACUUCAUAUACGAACAUAAUAUUAUAUGUAAUACAAACGAAUUUGAGUAUAAUAAAGACGCAUCAAGAUAACGGAUCGAAAUUAAUAUAUAUAAUUAAUAUUUUCUUACUUAUAUACACAUAUACUGUUGAUUAUCGCCCACGGAGGCGGUGGCGAAAUAUUCCGAAAAUAUCGUUUUGUCGAGAAAACUGUUUUACCGAUGAAACUACACGCGAAUCAGAGCUUUUUUAUUGUAAUAUGUACGAAUAUCGAGGAGUUCGAACUACACACGAUGAAUUUAAGUAGGUAUACAUAUAUAUCUAUAGUAUCUAGGUAAGUAGGUAUACCCGUAAAGGAGUACGAACCGUAUAUUGUUGUUGUAUUCGUCAUCGCGUACAAAAGUAAUAUUAUGAUGAGUGCAUUAUACAUAGUUUUCGUGGAUUGAACGCGUAAUUCCGUAACUGGACAAUUGAAAAUCGACCGUGUAUGUAUACAGGGGAUUCGGGUACCAUGGCGAGCACUUACAAUAAAAUAUAAUAUAGUCGAGUAUCGGAGUACGGGUCGAGUAUAAUAUAUACAUAUAUAGAUUGAAAAAGCCAACCACUCUGUAAACCGCAUAAACUACGAGUACAUGUACAGAAAAAAUAUUAGUAAAAUUGUUUUAUAAAAACACAGAGAGUUUACAGAUUUAAAAAAAAAAAAAAGCUUGACGGGUGAAACACUGUUUUAGAUGGGAUGUUGGAAAGGUAUGAUACAUAGAAUAAUUUAAUUUAUAACCGUAUGCAACGAUAAAUAAUCGCUAACGAAAUACGAUUCUGAGCGAAAUUCAAGCUAACGUGUUUUAAAAUACCGUGAUUUGUACAAUUUCCGUAAAAAGCUGAACUAUUAAUUAUUGACGAGGUAGGGAAUGUGGUAUACUGGCAAUCCUAUCGUUUAAUGUACUAUAUAUUUUAAAAACCUUACUGGUUAGGAUAGUCUGGCCCUCAAGGUUGACAGAAUCUUUAGUCAACGCUGUGCCACCACACAAAUGGUGCUCCUCUACUCUCCAUUUAAUCAAAUUUAAAAGUUGAAUUUUUCGUUAACAAAUUAACGGAAAUUAGAAAUUUUAACGCCAAAAUGUAUUUAAAGUAAUACUCCAUCUAUUUAUGGAUUUUUAAUAUAGGUUUUUAUUUGGAAAUUAAAAAUAGGUAACCGUUUCAAUCCUAAAAAUAAGGGUGAAAAAUUAAGGAAAAUGUAAUAAUUUAGAAUAUAUUAGAAAAAAAUUAGUAUUUUAUGAAAUACUUGACUGUAACGUGAAAAUUGUAAGACCAUGUAAUUUAAUUGUAAUUACAACACAGAAACAAAAUCGAAUAUAACAGAAAUAUUACAUAAAUAUUAUCAUUUUUUCAAUUAUUAAGAAAACUAAAGGUAAAAUCAAAAAAAUGAACUGUUGAAUGCAUCAACUAGACAAUAAAAUUGUCUAAUAAAAACUGCCUGUGAAAUUGAAGAUUGUUCAUACGAUGAUACAAUAUAAUCGAUGAUUAUUGUUCUCUAUCCUAACCUAACCGAAUCUAAACAAUACAUUUCUCGUUGCGCUCAAAGUCUAGAAAAACAGAAGCUCAUAAUGAAUUAUAUUAUAGAAAUAAUAAAUACGGGAACUCCGAGUUAAGUGACUUGGACGCUGGUAUUUUGCCGUGGCGUGAGGCGAAAGAAGCAUUUACUUGACUCUUUUGUGCUCCCAAAAAUGCAAUAUAUACCCAUUAAUACUUACAACGCAACUUACGCAACUAAUUCAUUAUAAAAGAUUUCUAUUCGAAAUGUGUUGCUCCUCACUAAUGAAAACGACGAUAGUAAUAUUAUAAGUAAGCGUAGGUAGAAAAUAUUAUUUUGACGACAAAAAAAGGUGGUUCGUAUCCUUUAAUACACUUCCUACUAAACUAUAGCUGGUACACGGGAAGAACGAAAUAAAACAAUAAUUAUUUAAAAUCUAAUAUAACAUGCGAAAUAAUUAAUAUCAUGUUAAAACAAUAAAAUAUCGCAUCUUAUGUACAUUUAGGUAUCAUAAAUAUAUAAUGUUUACGGGGAAAAAAUUAAUUGUUUUUUUUUUCAUUUUUUUACGUUAUAACCGGUCGACAUGAAAAACGUAGGUAUUAUAAUAAUAUUAUAUAGAAAUAAGUACGGUUUUUUUUUUUUAAAAACACAGAAAAAAUGUAUUCAUAAUAUAAUAUGCGAGGAAAGCAAGAAAAAAAAAAUGAAAGAAAUGAAAAUACGAGUCACUCAGUAUACGUCCGGUGUCAAUAGUGUAGUGUUAUAUAAAAUUCAACGUUGAAUAUUUUAUAAUUGUGUUAUGUAUUUUGCAUAUGUAAUAAAUGUUUUAAGUGGUAGGUGGCACUGUGACGGUUAAAAUAGGGAUAUACUGCACCAGGUCUGUGUGUACGGAUGUACAAUGCACAUUGCACAAUAAUAAAAUGAUCUAUUUUAUUCUAAAUGCGCGGACCCGAGUUUAAACACAUUGAUAACAUCGUCGUCGUCGUCUCCGUCGCACUAUUAUAAUGAUAUUUUUGGUACCUGGAAAGUUCGUUAAGUUUUUAAUAUUUUUUCACGAAAACCAAAUAAAAAUAUAACAUUGUAUGAAAUACAUAUUAAAAAUAAUCUCGUCUCGCAAUUGGAUAUUGCGCUGCGUGACUGUCACAAUAAGACGAUAAUUAUUAUAAUUUUUUUUUUUUUGUUGUCAAAAGCCACGAUGAAAUAAAAUUCAUUAUAUAUGAAAACUCACCUUUCUUUGCAUAUUACACUGCAAUAAUAUUUUAUACGACAACGACGGUACGAUAAUGGUUUAAAACGGCGGUUCUCAACCUUUGUCUAUAUGUGACACAAGAUAUUUUAAACCCGAUUAUUCACAAGACCUUUUUUAAAAUAAAGUUAAAAUUUAACGGUUUAAGCUAUGUCCCCCCACCAAUUAUCUCACUGUAUGUACCUAAAUUUAUUACGAUGGUUAAGUUCAAUUUAUGUUAAAGUUUUAAUAAAUAAAUAAUAAUUAACAAGUACCUAAACAUAAUUUCUACUAUCGUUUUUAAGUGAAGACAAAGACAGACAUAUUUAAAUACAUUAAAGAGGUAAUCUUUUGAUUUUCUAAGAGGUUUUCAAAAUAAUUUGGAAAAACCGAAAAAAAAUUAUAUUUCAAUGUAUACAAGUUUAUAAGAAUACUGUAAUAGUUAAUAUUAACUUGUGUAAAAUAUUAUUAAAAAUUACAAAUUACAAUUAUAAUAAAAAAAUUUUAUGUAUUAAACACACCUAUAUAAAUCAAAAUCAAAAUAACAAUAAUAAUAAUAAUAAAAUAUGGCUAUAAAACAGUCUUUAAAACAUUUGUCAAUAAUUACUUAUAUCAAAAAAUAUUCCAUUCAACACAGCUGAUUGAUAGUCCAUGUUUAAUGUUAAUAAAAAGUAAAACAAUUGGAGUUUCAAGACUAAUCGACAACAUAAUUAAAAACAAUAUAAACGUAUUAUUACAAUUAAUACAUAGGUGAACCUAUUUAUCGCGUUUCUUAUACAUUUAUAUCGUACGGGGAUAGUCAUAAUAUUUGCAACAGCUACAUUAGCCCACAUCUGGAACUAGCUACCAACUAUAUGUUUUCAAAGUAAUGCAGCGGAUACAAUUGUAUUCCACGGCAAAUUUAUUUUAGUUUUAAACGGGAAAAACUGGUUAUCGCCCGAAGAAUUAUUGACCGACCACGGGCAAGGUAAAACAACGUUAUAUGUUAGGAGAAAAAAAGAUGUAUUAACCAUAAUCGUUUAACCACUGAAUAUCAAAAUUGAAUGUUUUUUUUGUGCUUUUGUAGUCUCACUUAUGAAUUAACAAUGCAUAAAAAGCACAAUGUCUCUUUUCGUUGUAAUUUGUAACUCAUUACAAGUUACAAGUUACAAAAUUAACUAAGUUACGUAACUUAAUUACCUACAUGUAAUUAUAAUAUGCUCAGAGGUGUUAUUGAAUAAAACCCUUACUUUUCAAAAAUCGUUGAAACUUUAGCGAUAAAUUUUAUUUUAUAAAAUAUAUACUUGUAAAUACAGUACUUGAGUUUAAAAAUAAAAUUCAUGAUUUUAAUCAUUAUUUAAAGUUCAGAGAAAAAAAUGUGCAGUAAAUUAUAGUAAUUAUGGUAAUAAUAUCUAAUUAGCAAAUACGAUUAUAGCCUGCUGCAUAAUUAAUUCUAGGUACUUUUGUCUGAAUAUUAAAAAAUUAUUAAAAAUAACGAAUUUAAUGGAAAUAAAAGUUGAUACGUCCAAAUUUUUAGAAGACUUUAUAAAACUACUAUUUUCCAAUUUUCUAAAAACUAUAAAACAAAAAUUUUUAAAUAAAUAAAUAAAUUUUUUUAAAGUUUUUACCAAAACGUAAAAAAUGAAUUAAAAUAUAAAUAUUUGUAGUCAUUAUACCUGUGAGUAAUAUAUAAAAAAAAACAGAAUUUGAUUGUAUUUAUUAUUUUCAAAUAUAUUACAAUGGGUAUAAAGUGUUUUUAACAAUUGAGCAAAACCGAAAACUUUCGUAAAAAGAACGGGAAAAUUUACGGAAAUAAUUCUUUUAUUAUUUUAAAUUUUGUUUUAGGUUCUGAGAGGAGCGAAUAAUGUAUUGAUUUACAAUGAUGUUUAUUUAUUUUUAUUUUAUCUGUGAACAACUUUUCUACUAGCAAUUUUGAUUCAAUUUUCAAGUAUAGCACUUUUUCAAUGGUUAAUCCUUGCGUACAGAUAUACAUUACAUUUUUCCUCUACUACUCUACUACCUACCCACUUUUCACCUAUAACAAUGGCUCACCCAUGAGCGAAGUGUGUCCGCUUGUUUUUAAUCAUUUUACUCAUUCUUGUUAGUUCUGUAUGUUUUAUACAGUUAUCAAAGCGAAGAAAGAGAGAGUGAGGGGUAUAAUAUGGGUACCUAAUAUAUUUUUUAUUAAUUAUUAUGAUGACACACUUAAUCUUCUUAUUUAUUUUCUUUGAAGAGUUCCGUUGUCCAGCAGAUUCUAUUAAAUAUACCUACGUAAGAAAUAUCUCGUUAUAGUAUCUUGGAUUUUUAUUUUUUUAUUUUUAAUAAAACCAUUUAUUUUUUACUGAUAUUAAAACUCCAGACUCGAGACACAGUGCAAAAGUAUAGCUAAGUAUACGCAUCAAAUGAAAUCUUUGAUGUUUUAUUAAAAUGCAACUAUAUAUUAUCUCUCACUUAUUUCAUACCAGUUACUAAAACGGCUACUAAACGCUUAACUCUUAAGUACUAUUAUAGUACCUAUCGAGAGCGGAUAGAAUAAACAAAUUUACGAUAUACUUAUGUAUAAAUAUAAUAACAACAUUUAACUUUGUUUUACGUUUUAUCUAAAUAAAAAUAUAAAAAUACAAAAUGUUUUUAGCAUAGUUAAAAUUGUAAAAAAAGUGACUUCGAAUUUUGAUAACAAUUAUUUCGAUAUUAUUUGUAUCUACCUACGUAUUGCAUUAAGGCAAUUACAUAUAAUGUUUUGGAAAAAACUAUGUCAUAAGUGGAUUAAAUUGUUUGACCAAGCAUUAACGCUUCAAAAUUUAAUUUUAAAAUAGCCUAUAGUAUGGCAUUUCAAAACAUGUAUAACUGAACUUCACCCAGAAUCGUAAUUUGUUAACAAUGGUUUAUCGUUGUCACAAACCCCUGUGACUAUCCUUGAGUGAAAUCAUGAGUUAUCAAAACUAACAUUUUCAAUUUCCAACUUAGCUAUUAUUUAUUUUAAUUACCUUACUUUUUAGGUACCUAUAAUAAUAUUAAUAUUUAUGAAAUUACCGGAGCCAUGUGCUAAACUAUGUGCUGGUUUAGUCGUUAUCUAGUAUAAAUAUAAUAGUCGUUUAUGUUGUAUAUGUUUUAUAUGUGUAAUGCAUAAAAUGUUUUAUACGCUUAUAUCCUACCACCAAUCCUGGUUUAUACUUUUAAACUCCAUUGUACUAUUUUUAUGAUCAAAUUUUAUUUUUUUUUUUAAAGUUAUAUUAUUAUUGUUGUAUUUAUUGUUUUUCAAAGAAUAUGUAUAUUAUAUAAAAUAGGUAAGGAAAAAUCCGACACUAAAUGACGAAGUUCUGCUACUUGUGGUUGUUUUUUUAUGGCAACGAAAUUUUACUGUACACGCUAAUGCGAAAUGUUAAAUCGCACGUCGGUCCCCGUUAUAAAUUAUUGAUAGUAGGUAAUCAAAAUAUUACUAUAGAUUCGAAACGAAAAAAAAGAGGAAGUAUAAUGAUUUUAUAAUGUCGUUAGGUUUUGUCUGUGAACGCUUUUAAUGGCAGUCAUAGUAUUGUAAUAUUUUCACUGAAACUUUGUUAAACGAUACGGCUGGUAUUCUAGUUGGCGCCAACCUACUUUUUUUUUUAUCUAAAAAAAAAAUUACCUCUCUCGCAGACGAGAAGGUUCUUAUAAUAAUAUCUUCGUUUUGUAUUCGUGUAUAAAAUAUAAGUAAAUAAUAGACAUAUAUAAAAAAUUAUGUAAAUGAAGCGUAGGUAUGUAUACACAAUGUAUAUUUAUUUUAAUUUUCUAAAUAAGAUACUUAUAUUUUGAUCCAAAAAGUUAAUAUUUUAUUCAUAUUUAAGGCAAGCACCUAGGCAAUAAAUUAUUUUUAAAAGGUUUAUUUAUUAUUUUAUGAAAGUUUCACACAAAAACUAAUUAAGUUUUACUCUAUUUGUAUUAUUUUUUUUGAAAAUUAACGUACCAAAUAAGCUUAUGAAAAAAAAAAAAACAUUAAAAAAUUUGAAUAAGUACAUAAUAUCACACCAUAGGGGAAUAUUAUUAUUAUGUCAGUUUGUAUUUGUUAUCAAAAAUUUAUUUUCACAUUUUUUACACACAAUUGUAACGAUAAUGUAAAUAAUUUAUUUUUCGUUCGUGUACUUAUAGCGUCAUUAUUAUUAUAAUUUUAUUUUACUACAAAUAUAUUCAAUUAAUAUAUUUAUAUAUUUAGGGACUAAAUAUUACACCUACAUCGAUUUGGUUUUUAAAAAAAAAUGAUUUAAAAUUAGUUUUUAUAAUAAUAAUAGUGCCUGCAUAGUUCUAUACAUUUAUUCCCAUAGAUGUCGAUUACGGUAUAAAUAUAUAAUUUUGUUAAAAACCAUUUAUGCAUCUGAGAGUUAGCUUAAAAAACAUAUUUUUUUAUAAUUAGUUAAAAAAAUAGCUUAUUUUAAUUAAAUUGACAGUAAGCUUAAAUAUGUAUUUAUAUUUACGUAUUAGGUAUUAAUUUUCUCCCGAUAUUAUUUGUUUUUUAUUUGAUUAUUUCUAAAAGACCUAAUACAUAAUAAUUAUUUAUUUAAAAAGGUUUUGAUGAAAAUACAAAUUUUUCUUCUUAAAUCUUAUUCAGAGAAACUUACAUUUUAUUAUAAAUUCAUCAAACGAACUAUCGUUUUAUUGUUUCCCAAAUUAUAACUGUAUACGUUUUCGACAGUACCAUCUACAGAUGUACAGACUAUACAGACUGCACAUUAUUAUAUUUCAACUAGUAAAUGUGAGCACUGCGAUUUAACUACUGCGGGAAUUCCGAGCGUUAAUAUUAAACGAUGAAAAAAUGUUCUCUCUUAAAAUCUAAAAAUCCAAAAGGACCCGAAUAUUAGUAUAGUAUCUAGGUACCUCCUAAUCGAAUCACGUAGAUGACUGAAUUUGAAAUAUUCAUUAUAACAAUACCCACGGUACUGAAUACUUUUUAAGGACCGGCCAGACUCCUGUUUCCAUCACCAAAUAACAUGUUCAUUAUUAUAAUAUGCACGAUCAAAAUAUAUUCAAUACAUUCUUGUAAUUCAAUAUUGUAGUCGUGUCCUAAAAAUGUUGAAUAUUUUAAAAUGACCCGUUUUAAUACGAGACCAUUUAGAGGUAUAUACAUAGACGUAUGAUUUUAUUUGCUUACUAACAACUGUAUAAUAUAAAAAUAAAAUGUCAAUAUUCGUAUUCUCGUUUAUAAGAGAAAACAAAUAACAGCAAAUAGGAACGUAAUUUCAAAUAGUACAAAUAAUAAUAUUAUAUAAUUCUAUACUUGCGUGCGUUCUGUACGUAUUUCAAUCAACAUGACAGAAUAUAAUAUGAGUCCUAAUAUAGGCAAAAGGGCGUACAUCUAGACAAUUAUCCAGAAGUACAAAAAAAAAAAAAACAGUUUUACACAUUUUAUUCUUUGACAAAUGUUUAUGAAAAUAUUUCCGAACUUUGUGUAUUUUGAUCUGAAACAAUAAGUCAUUAUAGUUAAUUUUCUUUAAUAAUUAUAAUUAUGCUUAAGUUAAAAAAUAAUAAUCUAAAACACGUCGCUAACAAUUUUAAUAAAUACUGUUAUUAUUUUGGGAUAUUUGAUUAAAUAUUAAAUAAGUGAUAACAUAUUAUAGAGUAUAAUGUUAAUCUCCUUGUGCUUAAUCUAUCAUAUACGUACAAAUCAGUAUUAGCAUCAUGAAUAAUUAUCUGUAUGAUUUAUGUAGUAUAUGACGUGACACUUUAACAUAACAUGUUUUAUUUAGGGAAAAUAUUAAGUACAGGUACAUGAACGUCAGGUAGCCUAUGUUAUAGCUCCUGAUUUGUCUGGGUUUUGGUUGCAUGAUGUUUUUGGUAAUUUUACUGAAACUGUUUCAUAGAAAAAAAAGUGCAUGCUGCCAUUGGAUUAUCAAUAAUAACUUUAGAUAUAGUAUCUUAUUGUUUACGCAACUAUAUUUACAUAUUAUCGUUCACGAUUAUAACUAUUGACGUAUAGAUGAUAGACGUCUAUGAAUGUGACACUGAGUUACAACUACUGUCGCUUAAAACUUUACGUAGUCAAAAACUCCUGAUCUUACGAAAAUGGUAUAUAUAAAAAAAAACCAACUUCUAACUAUGUAAACCCAGGAGUGGCCUACACUUUUUUAUUGUUGACAGAACUAAUUUUAUUAUAAAUAAUGGUAAAUACGAAUUUAAAACAUGUACUAAACAUUCCCUCGUUUAGUUCAUGAAAAAAAAAACGCAUGUUACAUGACAGUGGCGUGCUCAGCUUUUUUCUAUGGGGGAGGGGGAUGAAAUGUAUUUUGUUUUGAUGAUAGUCAUGUACACAAAUUUACUUUAGGUAAGAAGAGAGUUGCGGAACAUCAUUCAAACAACAGGUAUUGUGUGGCUACACAAAUUAUGUUUUUGGAAUUUUUAAUAUAGGUUCUUAUUUGAAAAAUCAAAGUUGGCAUCGCCUCAUAAUAUUCCUUAAAUCUAAAUAUCAGAAUUUUAAUUUUAAUUUUUUGUAAAAUUUACCCUUAAAAGUUGGGUGAGAAAGCUUAAUAUAUCACACAGUAGACGUGUGUGGAGACUUGUUUUUAUGAGACGAACUUGACACGAUUUAACAUAUAUAGGAACCGGAACACUUAAAAGAUUAUAAUAUAUUUGUGCGUCGCCAAAUUAAUAAUAAUAAAAAAUAAAAAAUAAAAACCGUGGUAAUGCGCAGUUUUUUAUUAAAACCUCUCACGUUGUUUUCUUUGCAAUAUUAAAAGCCGGAAUAUUAUAGACGUGUGACUCGUGGAUUUUUUUUUAUUUCUAUUAUACCGCAACAUUUUAUUAAACUCGGACAGAUAUUUGUAUGCCAUCUUUUUUGUUUUUAUUUUUACCCAGAAAUUGGUUUUUAACAAAUUUAUUUACAACAAAUGCUCUCUCUAUGUUUCCUAGUCGUUUAUCAUAACUUUAAGUUCACUGUAAAAAGUUACUCUUGUAUCUUUCAUUAUUUGGCUGCUGUACUGCAUUUUGGAUCUCCCUCUAUAUGCCAUAGAAGUUCUUAAAUAGGUAUACACACAGAAUGCAGAUAUGUACUAAUAUUACCAAAAUUUUCAAAAUAAAAAAACCCGAUAUUGCUGAUAGAUGUGACACUGUUAUAGGUGGGAAGUUGGGAAGGUAGGAUACAAUAUAUAUACAUUAGACAUAGAAUUAUUAAAUUUAAAUCUAUGCAUUCCACCAUACUCAAAACACUAAACUAAAGCUUAACUUUCGAGUUCGUGCUCCUGAACGCAAAAUCAAAAUUCAUGUUCCACACUAAACUAUAUCUUUGUAAUUUACAAUUACUUUUUAAUCAAAAAUCUAGUCCCGAUCAAAAUAAGACAAGAGAUUUUUUUUGUACCUAAUUGGUGCAUUUAGAAGUGCGUUCAACAUGUUUUUUAUUUUUUAUUUGGUAGGUAUACUUUUAAAUACCAUUUUUAACUCAAUAGAAUUUUUUGAAAAUUUUAUAUGUGAUUCAUUAUAAGUUUUAUUUAGUGGUCAAAAAAAAUAAAAAAAUAUAUAUAUAUAUAGAUGAACGUAAUGUAGUAGUUUUUUUAUAAGCGUUUAAAAAAUAAAUUUUGACGAAAAUCGUAAAAAUUAUUGCAUUUUAAAACAUUUUUAAUCAAACAUCGCGCUCAAAAUUGUAUUUCAUUAGUAAUAGUUUAUCGUUAUGUACAGAUAUAAAUUAAAUAACAUUAGGAAUUCAACCUUCUAAAUUUCCUUACCACAACAUGGGUACAUCCAUCCUUAGUAUCAGCUCUUUUUUUUAUAUAUUUUUUUUUCGAUUAAUUAAUUACCUACAAUAUUAUCCCAUUGUUAUAUUAUACUUUCUCAUCUGUAACAUAAUGUAGCUACAUUACUUUACUUGAAUUUAAAUAUUCAAUAAAAUAUUUCUAGUUUAAAUGGCAAACGGGAAACCGCGUAAAUAUCGAAAUUGUUCUUUCAAGUGCACGUGUUUGUAAAAGUCUAAAAAAAAAAUGCAAUUCGUGCCGUUUGAACGAAAAAAAACAUGCGUUAUGCGGAAGCAUCUUUGCCAAAAGCCGCGACACUGAAGAAAAAUAUGCCAUUUCAGAUAAAACGGUAAAUUCGAUGAAGUUUUUUUUUGGUAAAAUGAUGGGUUUGGUGUUUUGACGACCGCCGGGAAUAUUACAAAAAAAUAACCAAAAUCGAUUCGGUUAAAAACGACGACUAUGCUGUAAAUUACCUACCUACUUAUACGGUCGGGGAAAAUAUUGAGGAACUCAAAAACUGUAGGUAACUUUUCUUUUGAAAAAUAAAAAUAAAUUUGGCAUCGGAAAAUGAUAUAGGUUAAAAAUAUCGUGGAGAGCACUCCUAUGUGUAUACUCGAAAAAAUGUACGCAAAAAUAACAAAAAUAUACAAUACACACAUCGUUGUAAAAUCAAUAUAUAGCAGUAUAUUCGUUACAAAAAUUUACAUUCAUACCCAUAGGGUAAACGGCUGAAACCGAUAAUAAAAAUUAAAUUUAGAUUAUUAUUUAAAUAAAUGUUAGAACCAAGCGAAAAAUACAGACUAGAUAUUAAUUUAAAACUCGAAUAAUUUGUGUUUGAAAAUAUAACUGUGAUGCAUUAGUCCGAUUUAUUUGUUACAGGUGGAUCCGAUAAUCAUUUGCAAGAUACAACAAUUUUGAUAAAACAUGGCAGUCAACCGACUUUUGGUUUUGGAGAUAACAUUUUUGAUGAUAUUGGCCGUUGUCAAUUCAUACCCGGCAUUUGGAAAUAACGAAUACAAACACAAAAACAAAGACAAAGGGCGGACCAUAAGAGGUUUCAAAAAUAUGGACUUGUCCACGGCCAGAGGGUUCGGUAAACGGGCUGAACAUUACGCUUUGGACCUAUUGCCAUCGGAUAUAUUCACGGAUAAUAAAGACGAACGUUUCAAUAAUAAGUAAGUUGUUUUGUUGAAGCCGUAAAAUUCAUAAUUUAUAUGUAAAUAUGAAAAUAAGAAAUCUGCAAAUUUGCAGGCGUAAUAUGCAGACGGCCAGAGGAUUCGGUAAACGGGCCGAUAAUUACGCUACGAACCUUUUACCAUCAGAUACAUUCACGGACAACAAAGACGAUGGCUUUAAUCAAAAGCAAGUUAUUAUUUAAAAUAUUUAAAUUUAUAAUUUUAUUUGUAAUUUAUGAAAAUAAGGAGUUGAAUAUCGGUAACCUGUUUUGUGUAGGUAGUCACGUCAAAUUUAAAUUAUCCUUAGAUACAGGUAAAAGGGCCGCUGGAACUAUAGGGACAAUGGAAGCAGUUACCCCCACGGAAAGUUCCCUAAAAUUUAGCUCACAUGUCUAAAAGACAAAGAUUUCAGUCAUCCUCUAUAAUUCCCAUGUUGACUAUAGAAAUAGAACACGAAAUAUUCAAAUAAUUUGUGUAAACAUGAAACUUUCUGAACAUUAUUUUGCUUAAAAAUAACGAGUACCUAAGUACUAUCUUGGUAUAAGGUACAUAACACAUUUUUACAUUUUUUUAUAUAGCCACGGCCAGGCAACAUACGGUUUCAGCAUUGUCGGAAACAAAAUAUGUAAACUGUUUCCAAAAUUUUACUGCCACAUUAGGCAGCGGUAAUGAUGAUUAAACGGUAACGGUAAUUGUUUUUAACAUGGCAUUAUUUAAGAGUGUUAUCCAAUGUUAUUGCCAUUAUAAGUGAGGUUAGAUUCGGGCACUAUCGAAUAUUUCGAAAAACUAUUCGAAUCUUUUUAUUUCGGUAUUUUUCCCCGAUAUCAUUAAAAUAUUUUUGUUUAUAAUAAAAUAAUAUUCGAAUGGUCGGUUAUUGUCGGUAGGUAAAUCAUUACUACAUAAAUAUAAAAUACUAAAUACAUUUGGCUACAUAAAAGAAAAAUGGUUUGUUGACCUCUGAAAUGAUUUCGUGUAUGCACGUGUUUCUAUUUAUUAAAAAAUCUAAAUUUAUGUCAAAUUUAGCGUUUCAAGUUUUUCUCUUAAUUUAGUACCAUUUGAUUGGCCUAAAGAAAAGAUUGCAUAAUUAAUAAACUUAUACUGUUCAAAUCUAUUCUAUAGAAUCCUAAAUAUUAUGAGAUACACAGCUUAAAAGUAUAUAUAUUUUAAUAAAAAAAAUAGAAGAUAAGGCAGCGAAUCACUUGUCUUAUCCGGGCAUUUGAUUACUUACCACUGCAGUAUUAUAUAUUUUAUUACAAUCGUUCUCAAAAAAAAAAAAGUCUCAAAUACAUCAAUUUUGAUAAUCAUUUAAAAAUAUAUGUUCAGUUUCCAGUUCAAAAAUCGCUCCGGUGGCAUUAGAUAAGAUAUCUUAUAGCGUUCUGAACUUUCCUAAUUAUAUAAUUUCGAACGACAGAGGUGGACAGGGAGUAUUUCGGCUUGUAUGUAGAAGUACUUGAGCGUCCCAAAGUACACGAUAUGUUUUUCAACUUUGUUAAGUGAGCUCGCUGUUAAGGUGAACACUCGCAUAUUAAUCAACGUUUCAAUCUUAAUUUAAGACGAAAUUCGUUUUGUUGGAUACUUAGGUAAUAAAUAUAAUACAUAUCAAUGUACUUUUCUAUUAUACUCGUACAAUAAUUAAUUCAAUAUUUGACUUAAGUACGUCGUAAAACUGCAAUAUGAGUAAAUUUGUUAACUGCAAUGUUCUAACUACUAAGCUUGAAAUUAAAAUAUUUAUAUAUCAAUACAAAUUAUUAAUUUUAAAAUAAAUGAUAAUAGACAGAUUUAGGUGAGUUAUACCGGCCCGGAUCAUAAAUAAUCCUACCGGCCCGGGCGGACUUCUCUACCCUUCCACUUGGACUAAUCCGCCCCUGUCGAACGAACGCGGUAUUUCGAUAUUUUAUAUUUUAUAAAAUCAAAAACCAAUACUUUUUUUAUGGUAUACGUAUUGUAUAGUUGUACAAAACGAAUUACUUCAUUUAUUUUGUUAUUUAAUAAUGAUCGAGUGAAAAUAAAAAUACUUUUUGUUCCCGUACCUCUUUCUAAUUUCGCCUGAUUUAUUUUUGAACAUAUCAGUAACAUUGUAAAAUAAUUAGAGCAGGUAUAUGACUAACACGCAAUUUUUUAUUCGAUAUUAAACCUAAUUUCGCUAGUAAAUAUCCCGGAGGUAUAAACGUGCAGUUUUAAUGAUCCAUAUCGUGAGCGUGAGUGAGCAUGAAACAAUAUAUUCUAUAUCAUAUUAUUAUACCACUUAUUUUCUUUAUAUUAUUAUCUGUAACAACAAAUAUUUAAUUUUUAAUUUCUAAUUUUGAAGAUUCUACUUACAGUAGGUACUAGACACAAUAAUGAUAAUUUAUUAAUAUUUGUAUUAAUAUUAAUUACAGAUAAAUAUAGAUAGAAUGAAAAUGAAUAUGACAGAAUAAAAAUUGAAUAUAUAAAAUAUUGUUUUAUUAAUUUUAAAUUAAUCACUAAUUAUUUUCAACUUUAUGUUAAUAGUCCAGAGGUAUUUUGGAAGAUGUAUAGAAAUAUACGACGUAUACCCAUUUACCACUCGGUGAAUUAGGUAGCGUUUACUUUGUAGAAAUACAAACACACACGUAUACGCUCGUAUACCUUACAUUUAAACAAAAAUGUGCGUAGUUUGUACAUGGCAAAAGAUUACAAUAUUAAAAUGGUACAAAUUAAGCAAUCUGUAUUCUGUAUAAUUAUUUAUUAGAUGUUAUUCAUUAAUUGUCCACAAUAUUAAGUUAGAAAAUGUGUAACAAAUAAUUAAGAUCGGUUAUUACCACGUAUGGGAAUAGGUAUGGUAUAAUUUAGAUUUUUCAUAUUCGGUGAUGUUAGUUUUUUAGUUUUUUUGCUGGACUUUGGUUUUAAUUCAUUAUUUUAUGAGCCUCAAUUUGAUAUUCAAACAAUUACUUAAACGAAUAAUUAAGUUAAAUCUGACUAGUGAAAUAUUUUUUAAUACUUUGGUACAUUAAUAAAAAUAUAUAAAACUGGAUAAAAAAAAUUAAUUUGUAUAAUUUGCGAAUUGGUGAAUGUAAGUACUAUGUAAGAAUUAUUUUGCAAGGCUUAAAGUUUUUCGUGAGUGAAGCGAACGGCUUUCUGUAUAAUUGAAUCUGACUAUUUUUUAUGCUUAUAUAAUCAUAUAAUUCAUUACUUAAAUUCAUAAAUGAGCGUAUACCAUAUUUCUUUUACGAAAAUAACAAUGGUUACAAAAUACAUAGAAUAUAGAAUUGUGUUUUCGUUAGUCAUUGUUUCACCUUCCCAACUUCUCACCUACAAUGUGGGCUGCACCCACGUGCGAAAUAUGUCGAUCCUUUUUUAUUUAUAUUGCUCGCAGGGAUAAGGACAACAAAUAUUUAUAUUACAAUUAAUUUUUUAUGUUUUUGUAAAAAACUUGAAAGAAUAACUAUAUUUUGUCAUUUUUGAAAAAUUUAAAAUAACCAUUAAAUAGAUUUUAUUCUUCAAACAAUUUUGACGUGUCAACCUUUUAUUUUUCAUAAUUUUUUAAAGUUCCAAGAAUACAAGUAUACAGCCAAUUAGUCAAAAUAAUAAUAGUCAAUUAGCGAAUGCAAUUACAGCCCGCUGCUUCAUUAUAGAUACUUUCCUUUGAACUUAACAAUAGUUUCUGUCCAAAUUUCAAGUCUUUUAAAGAAUAUUUUUAACUGAACUAUAACAAAAAAACAAAAUUUAAAAUAGUAAAAGUUUUAUUUUCGUAAAUUUUCCCUCUUUUCCUACGUUUUCUCCCGGUUUGUCCUAAUAAUUUUAAAAACUACUCGGAAAAUCAAAAAAUGACCUGAAAGGAAAAUUUCCUUUCAAAAAAGGUGCUACACUUGAAAAUCGGAACAAGAUUUCUGGUAGAUAUUUUUAGCAGUAUAAAUUAAAAAAAGUAAACAUCUUUUUAAAACCAAUACUCACUCAGAAUCUAAAAUUAAAAAUUAAUAAAUACCUAAAAGUAACUAUAGUACUCACUUUGGUUUUUAAUAACAUUAAGUAUAUUAUAGUAAUUUAUAGUAAUAUUAUAAACAUAUUAUUAUCAAAACUAAAACUACUUACAAUUUACUCCAUUUGCUUCAGUAAUUACUCUAUUUUUAAAUUUGAAUACUGUUUAUACAAUUUUCUUUGCCUACACUACAGGCUUUCGUCCGUUCAUUCUUAUAAAAAAAAAAAAAAAAAACCACUUAAUAUCACAGACUCGCCGUUCAAUUACAAACUUGCAAUUCAGUCACGAAUGAGCGUAUUUGAUCAAAUGUUGUCAAAAUAAAUUCAUUUCGAGAAAACCGCACAGGCUUAAUUACUAUGUAUAUUAUUAUGUUGACAAUUCCCAAAACAUUCAAACAAUAUAGACUGUAUAUAAUUAUACAUUUACCAAAAUAUACAAAUGAACUAUCUAGGUAGCUAAAACAACAAUGCAAUAAUAAUAAUACAUAGUAAUAAUAAUAAUUUAAAGUAUAACGUAGAGUAUGAAACCCGACGAUAAAAUAGUUUUACGGAGAUAAAAGAUUGUCGCGAAUAAUUCGUGAUCAGUCGUAUUUAGUCUAUUUAUAAAGCAAUGAUUAAACUAGAACUCGAGAUGUUUCUUUCUACGUGUUUUCUCGGUUUUAAAUUAACUUCCUACUAGAAAACUACAUGGAAAAUCAAAAACAAGUCUUUUAUUUAUCAACUAUAUCUAAAAUUGAACAAAAAAGCUCAUGUCAUUGUUCGAUCGGAGUAAUAAUUUGGAUAGAAAACAUAAACCGAAAAAAUUAAAAAUAAUGAAAUCAUAACGCUGUAAAUUUGUCCAUUAUAAUUUUACCUCGUUUCUGGUGUUUUCUCAAUUAUUAUCAAAACCAUUUGAAAAAUUAAAAAGAAGAUUCAUACUUACCAACUAAAUAUCAAAUUAAAUAAAAACGGUCUCUUAAAUUUAUUUGAUAGAAACAAGAUUACUGGUUAAAAGAUAAUGCGUAAAAAUUUUAAAUAAUUAAAUCUGAAUGUCAUGUCGCCCCGUAAAUAUUUAUUCGUAUUUCCGAUAUGUUUUUUUUCUGAUUUUUCCUUAUUAUUUUGAAACUCCUUGAAAAAUCAAAAAAAAUUACAUAAUGCCAACUAAGUCGAAAAUACAAAAAAAAAAGAAUUCUAGUCAUUGUUCAAUUGAAUCAAGAUUUCUGGUAGAAAAGUUCCUUACAGGAACAAAAAAAAAUAAAUACUUGUCAAAAUAAAACCUACUUUGCAUACAAAUUAUAUAUUGUUUUGGAAGCAAAUAUUGAAGUAGAGUAAAUAGAAGCUUAAAUAAAAGUAAAUAAAACAUAUAUAAUAUCAUGAACAUACAUCAUUUUUGUAGUUUAUCAGUUUUCACACUCACUUGGUUCGCAAUACAUGUGACAUUUAUAAAUGAACGAAAGUAACGUGUAGGUCGGCGAAAAAUAUUUGAAACGUUUUCAAUAAUUCGGAAGUAAAUUAAUGUAGAUAAAAUGUUACAAACAUAUUACGAACUAAUCAACAUUUUUCUUCAUUAUUGAUGUUUUUUUUUUUUUCAAAUUUGAAUUAUUAACCAGAAACAUAAUUUUAUAAUAUCUGUUUUCAUAACAAAAACGGUAGGUAAACAUUUUUAGAAUUUGAACGUAACGAAAAAUACUUCUUAGUUGAGCUGCAUUAGAGAGGUCACUUUUUGAUUUUCUUUGCUUUUUUUUUAAUUGGAGAAUAUUUACGCAAUAACAAUAAAAAAAACGAUUCUAAGCGUAAUCAAGUUGAUAGUGACGCUUUGUCAACAAUAUAUAUGACAUAUUAUGGUAAAAUAAUUAAAUAGGCGUUAUAUAUUUUCUUUAAUAAUAUUUGAUUAAUAUUGCACCGAUUUUUCUUUUUUUCUUGCAUUUUUCCCAGUUUUCCCAUUUUUUCUCGGCUUUUUACAUUUACUAGGAAAACUCUUGGGAAAAUCGAAAAAUAAAGUACCUUCUUAGUCAGAUUUUCUUUUAGAAAAAGUGCUAUUAUUAUAAGUUGGAGCAAAAUUGAUGGUAAAAAAGUUGUUCACAGAAAAAAAAUCGUAAUAUUUUACUAAUAUUUGGUACAUUUGUCCGUUUUUCUCCGGUUUUCACGAUUUUUCCCCAUUUAACAUUUUCUUAUUUCCCAAAUUACCACGGAGAUUAAAUUUUCUUUUCAAGCUACACUUAAUACAUCGGAGCAAGAUUUUUGGUAGAAAAGUUUGCACAAAAAAUCGAGAGGUAUUUUGCGAUUAAAAUAGUCCUAGUGAGCUUGUCUCUCUAGAUUCAGUAUACACCCAAAAUGCAUUUGUUUUUUCCUUGUUUAGAUAAGAGGAGGAAAAAAUGCAAACAAUUUUUAUUUGAAACAUGAGUUCGAACUCGUGAACUAGAAUGAAAAUAGAUAUGUUUAACCGUUCAGCUACGACAAACAUACUUUAGAGAAGACAAUAUUUAGUUAUUUAAAUCAGAAUUUUAAAAAGCUAUAAUUUUGAAACUUAGUCAGUCCGCUCAAUUCUGACUUCACCGUUGUUUUUAAAUUAACAAUAUACAUGUGUUCAAAAAAAAAAUUGAAAAAUUAGAUUUUUUCACAUAAUUUUUUACUCGACGAUUUUCGUUAAAAUUUGAUAUUAAAAUUUCUUUAUAAAAAAAAAAAAUACUACAUUAAAUACAAAUUUUCUUUUCUUAACCACACAGAGAUUAAAUUAGUACCUUUAAAUCGUAAAUAAAUGAAUAACAAUUCCUUGUCCAGGUAUACCUAGAAUUGAACAUUAUUUACAGAAAUAUAUAUACAAAUUUAUAAUUGAUCCUUUUAUAGCCUGGGUAAAGGUUAUACAAUAUGACACAAUAUUUAAAUUCAAUAUCUCCCUCCUUAGCAAAAUCCUGAAUACGGUACUUACUAUACUAUUAUUUUAAGAGGACAUCAGACCCGCAUGUAUUCAGUAAGACAAAUUGUGUGCCAUUAGGUUUAAUAUUAGAGUGAAUUAACCGUUUUAUCCGUUUUAGGAUUCAAGUGUGACGACUUUUAAUUAUUUUGUUAAUGAAUUUGUUAGUUUACGAAACAUUUUUUAAUUUUUUAGUAAAUUUGUUCGUUGCAAUUGUUCUAUUUAAUGAUUAUUAUUAUAAAGCCUAUUUUACAUAUUUAAUUAUAAUUCUAAAAUUAAAAAUAUUGAAUUGUACACUAUAGUGCGCCACGCGCCUAACAGCGUUAUGAAAUAUGGCGUGCCCACUGUAGGGUUAAUAGGUCCAUUAAUAAGUCUUUGGUAAUAGACCUUGCACUCUAAUACUAAACAUAACGGCAAAAAAUAUGACCUCCUGAACGCAAAUUUUCGAUGGAAGACAUACGUUUAUUAGGCGGAGACAGUAAAUGUAAAUGUUCACAGUGGUGUCCGCUUAAACGGUUCUAAAAAAAACAAAAUCAAAUCUUUUCAUAAUAUUGAUCCGAUAAAACUUCAGAAAAUCAUCCUGUACACAGAGCAAUAUAAUUUUCGAUCAUUUUUCGCUCCGUAUAUUCAUAUACGUAUACAGAAAAUUCACCGUACGCUAUUGCGACGUAUCGGUAUUUUAACGAAUGGUGGGAGGAAGGGUUAAAGAAAAGAAAAACAUUUUUCGUUCGAUGUAUUUAUUUUCGGUCGACGACUGUGACGUAGAUAUCGGAUCUCGCAGACUGUUUGAAAAGGUCCAAAUGAAAGUUUGCCGAUCAAAAUAGAACGACCAAGCGCAAAUAUUGCACAUCACAGUAUUAUAUUAUAUUAUAUAGUUAUGAUGACGUUUACCCGAUGUGUCUCUCAAAUAAUUUAUAUUUAAUACAAAAUAAAGACGAACAAAAAUAUUACAAACGGCAACCAAGCGUGACCUCAUUGAUCCGGAAUAAUGGAUUGCAGGGUACCCAACUAUACUAUACCAUGCACUCGACACGCCGACGACCUGCAGAAAUUCACGUAGUAUUAUUAUUACUAAUUAUAAUUCGCAGUACAAUUUUUCAUCCGGUUUUUGUCUGGAUCGCCAUCGGUCCGAAACUCCCCACCGAAAAAUAAGGGGAAUAUAUAAAAUCGUCAACUACCAAGCAAAACCUUGUAUAUCGAUAUUAAAAAAUUUUACAAAACCAAUGACAAGAAAACCUUUAUUAAGAAAACAAAGCAUUGAGCUUUUCAAUGUACAGAAUAAAUUUAAAAUGAUAUAAUAAAGUUUCUAUAACUUUUUGAUUGGAGCAAGAUUUCUGGUACAAAAGUUAUUUUUAGUACCGAAAUAAAAAAAACAACUUAACAGUUUUUGCUGGGUAGCUAGCCAGCCAUGUACUUAUAGAAUAUAAGUAUAACCUGAAUAAUACAGGAAACAAUAUCAGAACUCAAUUGAUAGAGUUCAUUAUUUUAAAUUUGUUCAAUUUGGUUUUAUUCUACUAGAAAUUUUUUUAUGAAUUUCGUAGUAUGUAUAAUCUUUUCUGAAAUACAUAUCUAUCUAGUUAGUGUAAAAGAAGGUCGUUUUUGUUUUUAUCUUUCAAGUAGUUUUCAUAAUAUAUGGGAAAAAUCGAAGAGACAUAUUUACGGCAAUAAUGGUUUGAUUAUUUUUGACUUUGGGUUUUUUUUUUUAUGUAAUUUGAUGUAGAAAUCUUAAAUGUUUACAAAAUACUUAUAUUGACCUUUUUAGAAAUGGUAAAAUGUUCAAAUCAUUAUAGCAAUUUGUGUGAAAUUUAUUAAUAUUAUUGACAUUAUCGAGUUUUUUUUAGUUUGUAUUGUGUUAAACAAGUUGACCGUAUUGUAGCAGUGUUUAUAAAGUUCAAAUUUUGACGUAAAAAUUAUAAAAUUUCUUUUCUCAGCCAAGUCCAACUUAAAAUGAACAUAGGUAAAAAAUGUUUUAGCGUUUCCCACUCGGUUAAAAUUAUUUUGUCCUCAAAACAUCAAAUUAAAAUAAAAAAAUACUUGCCGAUAGCUCAAAUUUAUAAACUUGAUAUAAAAAUCACAUUCGACCGUCUAACUAGUACUAAAAACAAUUAUAUUUACCUGCAUAGAAUAAAAUAUCUAUAAACCUACAUGGAAAUUAUAUUAACAUUAAUAAAGUAUAAUUCUUUCCUGCAGCAUGCAAAUGGACGAGUCUUUGGAAACAAUGAUUAAGAACAAAUAUUCAGCUAGAAACGAUUUGAAAAAUCUGAUUGAAAAUGUACUUGACCGCAAUCACGACGGGCUUAUUUCGAUCGAAGAAUGGAUGCAGGCGAUGCAGCAGAACGACGGUGAAUCAUAAUAACAUUUAAAAACAAAAGUUAUACAUACAUUAUACCUAUACAUAUAUUAUAUUAUAUUAUAAUAUUAUUAAAGUCAGUUUCACUUACACAUUAUUUGAUUGUAAAUGUCUUCAAAAUCAAAACAAUAUUUAUAUUAAUACUAAUAUACUAGUAUAUAUUAAAUCAUAAUAGUGGUUUCAUCACAUUUAUAAAAAGUGAAUAUUAUUCACAUAAUAUAGGUAUGCUUUAUAGUUUUAUGAUAUUAUUAUUAUAGUACCAAAAUAAAUAAUCCAAC